AUGCAAAAAAAAAAAAGAAAGAAAAACAAACUAAGAAGAAAAAUCAUUUCUGUGAGUUAUGCGUUUUUUUCCUCAUUUUUAAUUUGGACUCUUGCCUCUUGCAACACCACAGUCUUUCCGAGGGUAGCAGUUUGUAGUAGUCCGUGGAUCAUGCAGCAGCCCGCGUCACUGAGCGUCAGCGCACCUCCCGCUCCUGUGAUUAAACGUGCGGUACCGGUUAAGCUCACAUAUGAGGAGGUGCGGCGUGCGGCCAUGUUUUCGGUGCUCGACGACUUUGCCUCUCAAAAGCAGUACAAGUGCCGUGUCCAGCGCCUAAAGGAUGUGGGCGGCAACGUGCAGGUGAUUCCCAAUCCGGCCGUGGACACGGUGGAGGCCGCGCCAAAGGGGAGCUCGACAAGGCUGCUGCGAGAGCAUUCCAGCGCCUCAUGGAGUGUGUACUUCUACCAGUGGAGUUUGUUUGGUCUGACUAGCAUCUCCUCGGUGGCAACGGCGAUGGGGUUUUAUCUCACCAUCUACCACAACCGCAUGUUCUUGCCACUCGGCCCAAUGGCCGCCGCGGUGACGUGGCGUCUCUGGGAUCUACUGGAGGCGGCGUGGGAGCAGCAGCGGUAUAUCGACAACGCCGCGCGCCUGCGUGACUCGCGCAAGGGCAAUCCGAUGAAUUUGGUAGCGAAGCGCACUGCUUCUCAGGAGGAAGUGGAGCCGUUGGAGGAGAUGAUGUGA